AUUGUACUGAAAAGCCAAAUAUUAUGCAAGUUGGAGGUGGUUCCUAUUUGCAUAUUGGCCUUUCAAAACAAUUAAAUAAACUUGAUGUAGUUCCGGAACUACCGGAUGUAUUAAGUAUUGACGUUAAUGUUGACGGCCUUCCAUUAUUUAAAAGCUCACGUGCACAAUUGUGGCCCAUACUAAUUAGAGUAAAUAAUAUAAAUAAAUGUCCGGUUUUCCCCGUAGGAGUUUUUUUCGGGCCAAAAUAAGCCAUCCAAUUCAGAUGAGUAUUUGUCUAGAUUUACUAGGGAGUUGUCCGAUGUAAUGGAAAAUGGUCUAACCAUUUUAAAUAAAAACAUUAAAAUUGAUCUUAGAGCUCUUGUGUGCGACACUCCUGCAAGGGCAUUUGUUACAGGCACACCUGGACAUACAUCCAGUUAUGGCUGUACCAAAUGCACUCAGGUGGGACGCAAAAUAGAUGCAACGUUAACAUACAGCACUUCUUGUGCUGAUUUAACUACAGAUGUUGACUUUGCAGGUAGGAAAUAUCCAAAUCAUCACCAGAAAGAUUACUUAGGCUCUCAGUCCGCUUUCGAAAAACUUGCCAUCGGUAUGGUUACACAAGUUCCCUUGGAUUGCAUGCAUCUCAUUGAGUUGGGUGUAAUGCGUACAUUUUUUGAAAGAAUCUAUUAUAAUAAAGUAAUAAAAAAAAUUUCUAAAGAAAAUAAAAUGAAGAUGUCUGAUACAUUAACGUCAAUGCGGGGCUACAUACCUGGGGAAUUCUUACGCAAGCCUAGAACAUUGUUGGAACUUCCCAAUUGGAAAAGCACUGAAUUUCGCCAAUUUUUAUUGUACACUGGAAUUGUAGUUUUUAAAGAUACAAUCCAUGAAGAGCAGUACUAUAUUUUUUUGCUAUUGCAUUGCGCAUAUAGACUGCUCAGCUCACAAAAAGAGUUAUGUUAAUGUUAAAUUUAUUUGUUGAAAAUUUCCCCAUUGUCUUCGGCGAAAACAGUGUUUCCUACAUUGUUAUGGCCUACUCCAUGUGAGAGAGACUGUAAAUCAAAUCGGAAAUCCGAUUGCAGGUUCCUCUUACGCGUUUGAGAAUUACUUGCAGUUAUUAAAAAAGUGGUCCGAAAGCCAACAAAUAUUCUAGAACAAAUUUAUAGAAGAACGGUAGAGGAAACGUAUGUAGCUCCAGAAAGGAAAGAAAUUAAGUUAGAAGGCAGGUUUCUUAAAAUUAAAGACUGUAGGCUUAGCGAUAGGAAACCAGACAAUUUUUGUUUCGUUGGGGAUGAGAUCCCAAUACAAAUAGAGUCCUUUGAGGACAAUGAAGGAGAAAUAUUUUUAUUAGGUAGGGAAUUCAAUGAUAAAACAAACUUUUUUGAUGCGCCCUUAAGGUCGUCAAGCUUAGGAAUUUAUUUAGUAAAUUUCAGAACGCUGAUGAGCGUUAAAAAAUUUUCAGUUAGGGAAUUUAGGAGAAAGGCUGUAGUUAUGCCUUUCAAACAGGAAGCAGUUUUAGUUCCAUGCUUGCACUUUUCUUAGGGAUUUUUAGGAUUUUGGAGGUGUUUAGUCCGUAGGCGUAAUUUAAUUACGAAUCGGGCAUAUUUAAAGCGACGGCGCUUUAAAUAUCUUUUGAAGAUUCACCUUCCAUGGUUCGAAACCAAAAAAAAAAAAAAAAAUUAGGAAGUUUCAAUUUAUAAAACAAUGAUUUUAAUUAUGUUCUUUUUAUUUCCUUAGAAUGUCAGAGCCACCGAACAAAAUUCGCCGUAUCGACUUUUCCGAGUCGGAUCAUCCAUCCGUAUCUCAUUCAUGUGAAGAAAGAAUAAUCCUGUGCGAAGAAAGGAUACUUUCCGCAUUAAAAGAACAAAACAUCUAUCUUGCGGAGCAAAAUGCGGCUUUGCACCGCAAGAUAGAUGUUUUGGCCGAGAAGCUGGCGGAGAACACGGCAGUAGUGAAGCUUAAGAUAAAAGCGGAAGAGAAGACGGUGGAUACAGGGGUUCCCUUCCCCCUCAAGACGGAGGACGACAUAGAGCUCUUCGAGAGCUCUAUGACACCUGAGCGGCGGGAGUUUUACAAAGCAAAAAUUACUAACUUCGCAAAGAAGGAUAACUUCGCAAAAGUUUUGCGAAAAAGAGGUUCAAAAACUUUACAAACCUCUUUGCUAUUUUGAAAGGUAAACAAAUGAACAAUAUUUUUCAUUUAUUUUAAUAAAUUAUUCAAAGCAGCAAUUUUAAUAAAUAUCUUUUUAUAUUUUCAGACGUCUCACAAGAGGUAUUUCCCCUUGAGGAUGGCGAAAAAAUAAUAAGAAAGGCGAUGCAAAACGCAAAAAAUAGCAUUUGCAAAAAAAAUAGUAAAAUUAAUUUUAAUUUUAAUAAUACUUUAU